UGUCUGUGGAGCUGGAGCAGGGCAUUAUGUCAGCUGUGUGUUGUUGUCCACAACAUGACAAAGCGACAGACGACGUCUGAAGGUGCUUCGUAACGUCAGCCAGUCAUGGAUUCAGCAUUUGAGAGGCACCGCUCGGAGCUGGUGGCCCGGGAGAGGAGCGGACACACGGCCGUGGUGGAGGAGAACCGGCUGUAUGUGUGGGGGGGCUACAUGUCAGUUGCUGAUGAUGAAGUUUUCCUACCCAAGGAGGAAAUCUGGGUAUAUGACUUCGAACAAGGUGUAUGGGAGGUGUUUCACAUGACAGGGGAAGUCCCGCCCUCUAUGUCCGGGACCUGUGGCUGCUCCCUGAAUGGACACAUGUACAUAUUUGGAGGUUGUGAUGACAACGGACAGUCCAAUCAGAUCUAUUGUGUCAACCUGACAGACGGUAAAUACACAUGGAGGAAGAUCAUACAUGAGAUCGGUUCUGCUCCGUCGCCUCGAGACAAACUGUCCUGCUGGGUUUACAAUGGAAGGCUCAUCUACUUUGGAGGAUAUGGUCACAAACUGCUGACUGAUGUCGAUAGCAGGAACAGAAGCUUCAUUGUAGAUGAAGCAUCGUGGGUAGAAGAUGUCUUCUGGGGAUGGAAUAACGAGGUUCAUGUAUUUGACCCCAUGCAAGUCAGUUGGAGUGAAGCACACACCCAUGGCCGAGCUCCCGCCCCCCGGGCCGCCCACGCCAGCGCCACCAUCGGCUGUAGAGGGUACAUUUGUGGAGGCAGAGUCAUGGAAACCAGGACGAGUGACAUUCACUGCCUGGACCUCGAAUCAUGGACGUGGUCAGAAAUAAUCCCAUCAUGCACAGCUCCCGUGGGCAGAUCGUGGCACACACUCACAGCGGUAUCAGACAGCUCCUUGUUCCUGUUUGGAGGUCUCAGUGUAGACUGCAAACCAAUGAGCGAUGGCUGGUUGCUUGAUGUUCACACAAAGACGUGGAGAGAAGUCGAGCAUCCGUUUAAGAAUAAGCCAAGGUUGUGGCACACAGCAUGUCCAGGCAAAGACUCUGAUGUGAUUGUGUUUGGUGGAAGCUGCGACUACAUCCUACUUGUUGACACUGGUCACUGCAAUGAUGCGCUUGUUUUCCAGAUGCAGCCAUAUCCUCUGUUCAGGAUUUGUGAGGAUUACAUUGCAAAGAAUGUGAAGAACUAUGAAGUGCUCAGAAAUCAGCUGCCACUCCUGCCUCCGAAGCUACUGACGGCGGUGCAGAGGAGGAUGUCUUUCUACAGGCCUUCAAAGAAACAAAACUAUUAGUUAAAAGAACGUCUUGAUUGCCAAAAACAAUGCAUUGUCAUACAAAAAGUACUGUACUCCCUUCAGUCACACUGUGGGGUAGCGUUUUUAUUUUUAAAAGAUUUUGUGCUUAUUUUAUGGUGUUACAUUUUAUUGUUUAUUACUGAUGUACAUUUUAUUUUGUACAGUCUGCCUGCUGAAAUACUCUAACAAACCUCCUCCUGUGAUGGCUGUGGUGAUUAAAUGGCACAUCGAA